AUGAACAAGAUCCUCUCAAGCACUCUUCGCUUUGGACUCCUAACUUUGUUAUCUGUGUUGAUCUUUUUACAAUCUGUGCAUGGACAGCCAUAUCUUACCCAAGGUACUGAGGUCUUCUCUAUAUAAAAAUAUACAAAUCGUGAGGAACUAUUGCUGGCUCUACAGAAUAAAAAUUUUGAUCUUCAAAGACCUUUCAACACUGACAAAUUACUUAUCAUUUUACAAUUUUAACAGCUGGAAAAGCUAAAAGAAGAGCUAAUGGAGGUGAUGGAUUCUGAGACAUCCUAUGCUGUAGAUGGUCUAUUCUCUUCUUAUCCCAGCAAGCGAGGCAAGCUUUUGUUUCAGGGUUUUAAGACUGACUUCCAAAAGAUUAUUUUUGCAGUUAUUUCUGAGAGGAAGAAGAUUGAGCUGGCAUUUCUUAAUCUUGUGGUGGUGAUCAAUAUAAAGGCUCACAGUUUUAAAAAUGUAUUCCAAUAA